GACCAAAACUUGUCUUACUGGCUUGUAUAAACGUCGGGACUGGUUGCCAAAAUCUCCGUUUGGAAAGGAGUGUUUGCUUGGAAACACACGUCCUAACACACAACAGGUCCGCCAAGAUGGAUACAAUGAGCAAUAUAACAAGCGAGACGACAACAACCCAGCCUAGCACGUCUACCAAGGCCGCCAUGCAGGCACAGGAUCAGAUGGAAGUCUCCAUGGACCCUCCACAGAUCUAUGUGGAGAGGACUUUGGCACUCAUCAAGCCAGAUGCCAUCGACAAGGCUGAGGAGAUAGAAGAUAUCAUACUGAGAUCUGGGUUUACCAUUCUUCAGAAAAGAAAAGUCCACCUAACACCGGAGCAGGCCAGUGACUUCUAUGCGGAACACUACGGGAAGAUGUUUUUCCCCAGUCUGGUGGGGUACAUGAGCAGUGGGCCCAUUGUGGCCAUGGUUCUGUCACGAGACAAGUGUAUAGGCUACUGGAGGGACCUGAUCGGACCUACCAACACCUACAAGGCCAGGGAGACACAUCCAGACAGUCUACGUGCAAUCUAUGGAACAGACGACCAGAGGAACGCUGUACACGGUAGUGACAGUUACUCCUCAUCAGAGAGGGAGGUUCGCUUCAUGUUCCCUGACAGUGUGAUAGAACCUAUCCCAGCAGGCCAGGCGGCGCGGGACUACCUGGCGCGACACGUGAACCCCACCCUCCUGGGGGGCCUGACAGAGCUCUGCAAACAGAAGCCUGAAGACCCUGUGACUUGGCUUGCAGACUGGAUGAUUGAGAACAACCCUAACAAGCCCAAGAUUAGGCAGCCGAUCAUCCAAGAGCCUGAAUAAA